AUGGAUCAGAAAAAUCAGACCAUGGUGUCCUAUUUUGUCAUUAAAGGGGUGUCAGAUGUCCCAGAGUUGCAGGUACUGAUCUUCCUCCUGGUUCUCAUCAUUUAUCUCAUCACUCUUGGAGGCAAUGUGACUAUUUUUCUACUGGUCUGCCUGGACCCUCAGCUCCACACUCCCAUGUACUUCUUCCUGAGCAACCUGUCGAUCCUAGACAUGGCUUCCUCCACGGUUGCCCUACAUAAGGUCCUCUCUAUCUUUGUAGUGGGAGAUAUGGCUGUAUCUUUUAUCGCUUGCAUGCUGCAGGUGUUUGUUUUUUCAUGGCUGUCUGGCAACGAGCUGAUGUUACUGACUGCAAUGGGUUAUGACCGCUAUGUCGCCAUCUGUAACCCAUUGCAUUAUACCUCCGUCAUGAACGACAGGUUCUGUGCUGUUCUAGCCACGUUCUGCUGGUCACUGAGUCUCCUACAAAUUGUCCCCCCUAUGGCUAUACUAUCAGGCUUCACUUGUUACACAUCCCACGUAAUUAACCACUUCUUCUGUGACAUUGUGCCGCUGAUAAAUCUGUCCUGCAGUGACACCUCCAUCCUGAAGCUUCUCAUAUUCACAGAGGGGGUUCUACUUUCCACCUUCACCCCUUUUUGUCUCACUUUCAUCUCCUAUAUGUUCAUUAUUGCCACUAUCAUGAGAAUAAGGUCCACCAGUGGGAGAUCCAAAGCCUUCUACACAUGUUCCUCCCACCUCUCAGUCGUCACCGUUCACUACACAACCCUUGUUUGUCAGUAUUUGACGCCAGUUGGCACCUUCAGUUCCAAUAAACUGUUAGCUUUGUUCAACACCGCCGCGGUUCCCAUGCUGAACCCCGUCAUCUACAGUCUGAAAAAUAAAGAUGUAAAGAUAGCCAUAGAACGGAAACUCAAUUAUUUCACCAGCUUGAUUUAA